AUGCGCUGGUCGUGGGCACAGUACAGCAACAGGUCGCUCGGCGCCGACAACUGGGUGCCCGAGCGCGGCGAGGGCAGCGACUGGUGCAACCUGGGCCUGACCCUGGUGGACUCGCUGGACACGCUGUACCUCAUGGGCCUGCGCGACGAGUUCGACCGGGCGGAGGCCUGGGUCCGCGACAGCCUCAGCAUGGCGGGCAGCAGGGACACCUGGCAGUCCUUCUUCGAGAUCACCAUCCUCGGCCUCCGGGUCCUGGGCGGGCUCCUCGGCGCCUUCGCCGUCUCGGAGCGCGGGGUCUUCCUCGAGCGGGCCGCGGAGCUCGGCGACCGGCUGCUGGCCGCGUGGGGGCCGGCGGACGGCCUGUACCCCGUGGGCGAGGUCAACGUGCGGCUGGGCCAGGGCCGCGUGAUCCGAUGGAUGGGCGGCAAGGGCCUGCUCCCGAUCUACUACAACAAGCACGGACCCCAGGGCUCCGACGUGUCCCUGGGGGCCCGCGGGGACUCCUACUACGAGUACCUGAUCAAGGGCUUCCUGCAGACGCGGCAGUCGGAGAGAGUGCUGUUCGACAAGUGGAAGCUGGCGAUGGACGAGAUGUUCAAGCAGCUGACGUUCAAGUCCCAGGACGGCCACACCUACGUGGCAAAGAUGCGGGCAUCGACCGUCGUGCCCGAGUUUGACCACCUCGCCUGCUUCGUGCCCGGCAUGCUCGUGCUCGCCGCCGAGGCCGCGCCCGAGGGCGCCCUGGGCGGCGACGAGCGGCAGCACUACCGCGAGGCGGCCGAGGAGAUAACGGAGACGUGCCACGCCAUGUACGACACCAAGUCGGGCUUGGCGCCCGAGAUCGUGGCUGCAGAGGCCAUGUACUACGUCCACUACUACACCGGCGAUCCCAAGUAUCGGGGGGAGGCCGUCCGCAUCCUCGAGCGCCUGCCCGCCGCCCUCCGGGAGGUCGCUCGGGAGCCCAUGUUGAAGCGAGUGGCCAGACUAGCCAUGGCGCACGUGGGCGAGGUGCCCGCCCUGGAGAGCCUCGCGUUCAGGAUGCUGGACUGGUAUGGUUACGGCGAGAUCUCGCUCUCUGUCUUGGAGAAGGACUUCCAGUCCCGCAGGCAAGAGGUGCCCGAGGACCUGGACCAGGUCUUCGAGGCCAUCGACAUUAAUCGCGACGGCUAUGUCAGUUACCUGACGUUCUUGUCGGCCACCCUGCCGCCAGCUAUGCGAAAGUGCGAGAGCUUGUGCAAGGUCGUGUUCGGCAUCUUCGACAGGAACAAGGAUGGCGCGGUGGACGCCGACGACUUGACGGGGGUCUUCGGAGAGGAGGAGGUGUGCCAGCGCAUCGUCUCGGAGGUGUCGUAUGAGGGCACCAUCUCGUUCCAAGAUUUCAAGAAUCUGCUGGCCUCAGCGGUUUAG